UUACUAUGCCAGGAGCUUGAAACAGCUAUCCGCUCUUGUCACACCCUCCCUCAAGCCCAUCAAAUUCAUGCGAAAAUAGACUUGAAUGACACUUCCUCAUUGAUCUUUCUUUCUAAUAUUUCCAUCCAGAUGUUUGGACGAUGCGGCAGCAUCAGUCAUGCUUACCAAAUCUUUUGCAGAAUUGUCACCAAAGACUGCUUCUCCUGGGUGAUGAUGUUGCAAGCAUUUGCCACAAAUGGUCAUCUCCAUGAAGCGGAACAUCUCUUUUUCAAAAUCCCGCAAACCAACCUUGUUGUUUGGAACGCAAUGAUAGCUGCUUACAUCACAAACAACGCUCUUUUCAAGGCACAGUCACUUUAUGAAUCAAUGCCAGAAUGGAAUCUCAUUUCUUCUACCACAAUUCUUACUGCACUUGCUUGUUCUGGGGAUUUGGAGAAAGCAAAGGUAGUUUUUGAUUCGAUGGAGGAACGCGAUCUCAUCGCCUGGAACGCAAUGCUCGCUGCCUAUACACACAGUGACAAUAUUGACGAACUCACCGCUAUCGCCCAGCAGAUGCCAGAACUUGAUAUUGUCUCGUGGAACACAAUUCUGUCAGCAUACGCCCGAUCUGGGGAUUCUCACACAACAGCACAAAUCUUCCAUCGCAUGACUGAAGUUGAUCUUGUUUCCUGCACCACAAUGCUCAAAUCUUAUGCAGAGAGCGGCCAAAUUGGUCAAGCCCAACAUGUCUUUGAUGGAUUGCCACACCGCGAUGCCACCUCUUGGACAGUGAUGAUCGAAGCAUAUAGUGCUGCAGGACGCUUAACAAACUCUGUUGAUCUCUUUAACAAAGCCAACAGCAAGGAUAUAGUGACGUGGAACGCCAUGCUUUCAAUAUAUGCCCAGUCCGGGCAUCUGGAACAGUCAAAGCACUUUUUUGAUUCCAUGCCUCUACAAGAUGCCGCUACGUGGAAUACCCUCUUGGCAGCAUAUGCUGAACGCGGGCAUUUGAUCUAUGCUCAAGAUCUGUUCCAUAAGAUGCCUUUCACAGAUUCCAUCACUUGGAGCAUCAUGAUACACGGGUAUGCCAUGAACGGGCAAAUGGCGGAAGCAAAGAGCUUGUUUAGCACUUCUCUGAUUCGAUUCCAGGUCGCGCGAGUGAUGCUUGGCGCCUAUGCGAGCAAUGGGCUCUUGGACGAGGCAAAGGGCUUCUUCGAUUCCAUGCCGGAGAGAGAUGGAGAGACGAGCGCGGCGAUGGCGGCGGCCAUGGCACAGGGCGGCCGAUUCAACGACGCGGCGGCGUUCUUCCACGAGGCUAAGAUUGAAGGAUUCAAGCCCGGUGCUAUUUCUUUCGCGUGCGCCAUCGUGGGCUGUAGCUACAGGGGCGACUUGGAAGCUGGGAUCCAGUGCUUCAAUUCGAUGAUCGCAGAUUUCGGGAUCCGGCCCAACAAGCAGCACUACUGCUGUGUGAUCGAUUUGCUGGGUCGCGCUGGUCAUCUGGAAGCCGCGGAGGAGCUCAUCGCCAACAUGCCCUUCGUUCCCGAUCACUCCGACUGGAAAUGCCUGCUCGCGGCGUGCCGAUUCCAGGGCGGCGGUGGCGAUGCCCGAGAGACCGCGGCUCUCUCCGCCGCUCGGGAGGAUCCACACGACCCAGCGCCGUAUGUAUUGCUCGCCAAUCCAUAGUACUUUCAAAGAGAUAGAAGAAGAGCGAA